GGCCAUUAUGUUUUAGUUGUGAAAGUGAAAUAAAAAUAUUGAAAAAAUGUGGAGGCUGAAGAUCGGCGAGAGCGGGAGGGAGCCUUACCUGUUCAGCAAAAACAACUUCUGCGGGAGGCAGACAUGGGAGUUCGAUCCCGACGCCGGCACCGACGAAGAGCGGGAGGAAGUCGAGGCCGCUCGCCGUCGUUUCUGGGAGAACCGACACGGCCGUGUUAAAGCCAGCUCCGACCUCCUCUUACAGUUCCAGUUUCUGAGGGAGAAAAAUUUUAAGCAAACCAUUCCAAGAGUGAAGGUAGAAGACGGAGAGGAGAUAACGUACGAGGCUGCGACAGCUGCAUUGAGAAGGAGCGUUCGUUUCUUUGGGGCUCUUCAGGCCAGCGACGGCCAUUGGUGUGCUGAAAACUCCGGCGUCAACUUCUACACUCCGCCUCUGGCCACCUCAACACGGUAUUAA